CAACAUAAGAUGUAGGGCUGAGGUAUUCGUGCAGCGCUCUGCUGGCCAAGGCUGUCAGCUCAAGCCAUCAUCGCAGGCUUCAGCAUCAAAAACAGUCUUCUCAGUCUCACAUGCUCUGACUGAUACUUAUCCGUCAAAAAGUUUACUGGUCAUAGAUCAUGGCGAUACCCGUCGUCGCCGCCGCCGCCGCCGCCGCCGCUGCUGCUGUCACGUUGGACGACAAGUUCCAGAAUCUAGAUGAUGAAGCCGUGUACACUCGCGUCAAGGCCGAGGCUGCCAAUGACAAGGCUCUCAACUUUGUCGUCGAGUUCAACCUCCACGAGGCCUUCAUCGCCUUCAAUCUGACCUCUGAUGAUUUCGAACAGCUCGCCACCCGAAAGCGCAAAGACGACACGGUGCGAUGGAUCAAUAUCUGGUCACCGAGCAUGCAGAAACCAGUCGUGGAGCGCAUCGGCGCCCAGUACGGGUUCUCCAAGAGACUUCUCGCCAUCAUGACGGCUCCAGCUUUGUCAUUCAUCAAGCAGCAGGCCAACACGACGCAGGUGUCACCGCAAGGAAGCGAUGUUGAGAAGGGGUCGUUGUCUGACGGCCUCGGACUUCCACCACCAGGACAGACGCAGGCGCAAGUGUUGGAGGAGCUUCAGAUCUACCAACUCGUGAAGGAGACGGUCAAUUACACCUCCAUUGACCAAGGGAAGAACUUCCUCUGCAUCGGUGCCAACUGGUUGCACACCCGGCCACAGUCUAGAGCCACCGAACAUAGUCCAAGUCUGUUACCGCCCAGACACUGGUCAUGGCUUGCCCUCAGCUCCGAUUCCGUCGUGGUAUCUUUCCACGAGACGCCAUCGUCAGAACACCCCGAAGACGAAGAAUGGUCCAUGGCAGAACUCGUCAAUACGAGAGCAAACAUCACCAGCGUUUUGUGCCAACUAUCCAAGCACGGCGCAGAAGAUUUCGAACGAAGGCUUCUCUCGCUGAAGCCGGUCAGACAAGCGAUGCCUCCCUCAGACCUCGACAGCAACACUGCCUGCGAGGGCUCGAGUAAUCUUUUCUAUUAUCUUUUCGAGGAUUAUUCAUCGGCUCUGCCAGUUUUGAGAACUUCCAAGCGAGAGCUGGGUCGACUGAGCGAUCAGAUUUUGAAGCCGAGUCGAAGAACCAAGAUUAAGACAGGGGAGAUCAUCGAAUCACUACAUACUCUGAGAAAGGAGCUCAGCCAACUCCAACACUUGUUUGAGGGUUAUAAAAGCCUCAUCAAGCGCAUCUGCUGGUCGCCUCGGUCCCUAGAUGCCUGUCACGAGGGUCAAUGCGGACGCAUAGAGUUAUCUAGAAGUAUGUUCGGCGAGGUAAAUAUAUCGUCGUCAGCAAGAAGUCGCUUCGAGCGCCUUGGAGACAGACUGCAACUGUUGAUGCUCAACACAAUCCAAGAGUAUCUAGACGAGCAAAACGCACUCUCGAACACGUAUUUCAAUCUCACGGCCCAAAGGGACUCGCAGGCGACUGCACGCCUGAGCAGAAGCGCUACCGUACUAGCCAAGCUGAGCGUCUUCUUUCUCCCCAUAACCUUCAUGACCAGCUAUUUCUCCGUAGAAAUACCCGAUUUGGUGGAACACUACACCCCCAAGAUGUACUGGGUCUGUUUUGCCGUGAUUGCCGGAAUCUCCUUCAUUAGUCUUUUCUUUUUCAGUCGCAUGAUUGAAAUCCUCAGCGAUGUGCUCGAGGCUUGGGCCCACACCGCGGUGCGAAGCACCCGGCGUUUUGUUGGACUCCGUGUACAAGAUGACAGAGACGAACAUUAAUUACCUAAGAUGUCGGGGCGCCGCAUUCAAUAGCCAAGUGACCUACUGCAAAGGAUCGGGGUAUUCCCUGUCCAUCUCAUCUAAGCGGAUAAUGACCAAAGAAACAAAACAACGUAACAGAAUCCGGACUCCACGAGUCGUUUCUCUGCGUAAGCAACUUUGUUCCCACCUUGAUCCAACUGCUUGCACUGAUAAUCGUCUGAUUUGCCCUUCAUCGCAUGGCACCGAACACGGCGAUCCCUAAGCCCGCCGCGAGUUUGGCCACGCAUGCCGCUGUCGGACGUGCUGCGGCGUUGAUGACGACGCCAUUCACCGUGGUCGAUUGAGCACACUGGUCGUUGUUCAAGCCGUAGCAUGCUUGGGAGCUAAGACUGGAACAUAUAGGUGUUGCUGAUGUUCCGACGUCCGGUCGGGUUGCGGCGACGGUGGUUCCACCACCGCCCGGAACAAUCACAGUAACGCCGAAGCCCGCAUUGCCGUCUAAUUGAGUGACGCAACUUUGGUAGUUGCGGGAACAUUGGCUGAGGGCUGAUGAACACUCGCCGCGAUCGAGCGAUGUCGCUAUGUAUGGGAAUGGAAAGUAAGCAUUGGGGACGUAUGAAACUGCCGUAGCAGUCGGUACUGUCGUCGGAGCCGUGCCGGUACAAACAGCUCUAAAACGUGCGACUCCAAAUUAGCCGGGCUUUGUCUCGUAACGAAGUCAUGCCGGAGGUUCAGUCAUACCCAGAGGGACAGCAAGCUGGCCGGUUAUUAUCAUCCAAUUCGCACACUUGUCCCGUGGCGCAACAUAUUCCAUCAAAUGCCGCGCCUAGUGAAUCCGAACAUUUGGAUGUGCCAGCCGGGCAAUCUUGACGUCUGAAUAAUUGCAACGGCGCACCGCCUAGCACGUAAGCGGCGGUGGGAACCAUAGCCUUGGUGCCAGUUGAAGUCGGAGUUGGGCUCAGGGCGAAAACCAUUUCUGUGGUCUCCAAUAUUGCCAGUCGCGUUGUCCAUCGUGAUAACCUCAUAAUUUCGUGGAUAUAAUGGGCCAGGCCCGGAUCGUAGUUGACGUAGCCUUUCUGUUUCCUCGCCCUAGCCGUGCGGAAGUGGAGGAGUGUCUGUUGCUGACUUUUGUGAUAGAUAAGCCGGAUGUCUUCUCGAUCCAGGAGUGAAUAGUCAGUUAUCCGUCUCGGAUGGCAUCAAGUGGUUGUCUCGCUGGCCACGAAUUCGGUGUGGUUGUGGGAAGAGUGGAGGAUGGAUGAACCGGAGAGCUAACACAGUAGUACUUGUAUGUCGCUCUCAAGCUGCUCCAACAGGAGGAUUACACGAGUGUCAAAGCCUGCCCGCUGUCAAUCUGCUGGUUGCCAGCCACAGCCAAGGCUUUUGCCCAAUUUCUCGUCCCUGCACACGAACUACUGUGAGAAAGUAAGGUGAGCUGUCCAACCCCGCCCUCGUUCUUUUGGUGAGGUGGGUUGCAUGCAUGCGAAUUUCCUCGGACUACCCAGGCCAAAAGGACCGCCAGGGUGGGUGAGGUGGCUGGGCAUCUGAGCUUCGCAGGGUGAGGGGGUAGGGAAGACGCCAAUGAGGGUUGCAAUCGCAUGAUGUCAUUGGGCGAAGGACAGUUGGCAGAGCAACCCCGGCCUCAGUCCCUCGGGCCCUGGUCUUGGUACACAGAGCAAGCUUUGCGCGCAGCACAGCACCCUCGUCGCGAUUAACGGCCUCGAACAUGGGCCAGAAUCUGUCUGAGUCGUUGAAGUGCCUGCAUCUCGCCGGGGCCUGUCGUGGCUUCUGUGUCAUCUCCGCGCGCCUCUUCAAUUUCUUGGUGCGCUUGUCGGGCGAGGGACCCGAGGUCACCCCAAACUUCGUCCGUGUAGCUCGUAAGCACAUGGUUCCAACUUUCCAUCCACAUGGCUCUGGCUUGUUGCACAUCUGCGACGCCAAAAUGCUGCAAUAACUCGCUGGGAUCGUCUCCACUCAGGAAUUGAGGCUGGAAGUCGAGGAGAGAGGACCAAUUGGAGGCAGGUCUUCCAUGGGCAUCGUCGAAAAGGGCUCUUCUCAGCGACAAUUCUUCUUCCGGGGAUAUAUACGGCUGCAGGUCGUCGUCAUUCACGUCAAACCCAUCCGACUCGAGAGAAUUUAGUAGAUCAAAAACGCCUAGGCCGUCUUUGGCCUCUUGUAUCUGAAAAUCGGACUUGCUGCCUGAUGAGAGAGGCAUGUGUUGACUGUGUUCGCUGACAGAGACGGUCCCAGAGUUGCUUUCCUGAACCUUGGCUGACCUCUGAGGCUGAGAGGGGUCAUCGAGAACCGCUUGAGCUUGAGCAUCCAUGAAGUCUUCAUACUGCUGUCCACCAGCGGUGGAUAGACCUGUUGCCGAACUAAAGCCCGUGGCGAUGCCGGGGUUCACGCUGCUUGGACUGCGAUACGUAGCAGUAUCUCGAUGGCUUCCGGAGCCCUGGGCAGAGUAGGAGGAGGUUCGGGGUGAAACUUUCGCUCCCGUCGUUCCGUUACGGAUGGUUUCGGUGGCAGAGGAAGCUGUCAGAACGGUGCGAGAAAGACUGGCUGCAGAUGCCGUGAGGCGGGAUGCAAAUGAGGGAUUGGGCGGUGUAUCUCGGUCACCUUGCUGAUGUAGAGCUGGGCCAUCAUCAGGCGCCGUUUGGACAUCGGAGGAAGGGAUAGUGGAAGCUUCUUUGCCCUUGCCCUUGCCUGGGGGACUGGAGGCGGCAUCGCGACUAUUUUGCUCGACCAUGCUGAGAGUAGUGAAGAAGAGGUGUGUAGUGGGCGUUUGGGGGUCUAGAACGGCAACUUGUGCUCAGCGAGACAAGAGGGUUGGUGACAUGAUAUUGCAAGUGCGAGGGGAGGGGGAUC